AUGGACGAGGACGACAAUGUCGAUAAUGCUACCUCUCCCGAGAACCACAACAGGCAAUCAAGGCGGGAGCGGCUCAAGGGAGCACUCGCCCGUACAAAGAGCAAGUUCAAAAAGAACACCAGUGACACCAAUGAAGAGAGGGAUCUUCCUGAUGAUGUGAAUGAGUUUUUGGCUGCGGGCAGGACAUCGACCUCGUCGAGCGGACCAUGGCACGGAGACAGCCUUCCACCACAUCCUAUCCGCACGAACACUAAUGCCACCAGCCUUGACCAGAGCUCUCCGGCUUCUACAAGGCCAUCCACUUCGGAGUCAUUCACCCACCCCUCUGCCCCUCAACGUUCACCGAAAAAGGUUCCAAUCCCGCGAAUAGACGUGUCCAGCUCUCAACGUUGGCCCCGAGCUCAACCUAUCGGUACGUCGGAACAGGAUAUCAACGACUUCCUGCGCCCAGAGUACCAAGGGCGCAGUCAAUCGGUCAGCUCAUUCUCCAACAAGCCAAAGCGGAAGGGACGUGGGAGAGGCCUAAGUGUCUCUUUCAUCGAAGCUCCUCCAGUCAUUAUUGGCGAAGGCGGGGACGAUGCGCCCACACCCCCAGUCGAGAUCUCAAAGGCGAGACAAAGAGCUAGAUCUGCCUCGCCAAUGCCCAGCCGUGGUGGCCAGUCUCAACCGCGUGACCACCACUCGGGAAGUCCUAUGAAUGGGGCUUACGGCCAUCGAAACCCUCCGAUCCCUCCCCCGUCACGGCCUCAGGCCCACGCACCCCCAGACGUCCUGCGGCCUAGAAUGCUGCAGAGAGUGCAAACAGGGAACUUCUCAGGCGGGACGAUGGGGGCAUCCGCCUUGGAUAAAGAGUUCGAAAUGACUCUUCGACUGGGGCCAAAUGCGCUCAACUCGCCGGUCAGCCCGGGAGGAUCACCUCAUACUCCAGAGCUCCUGGCUCCGAAACCGGUACGGGUCGUGCAUCCGCCUCCGCCAGUAUUGGAAGAACCUGCACAGUCACAUGUGGUCAAAAACCAGGUCCCGAGUACAGACUUGCGCAAACAAUUCAGAGAAGGGGACGCCUUGCGUAUGCACCUCGAUAAAGAAGCACCAGAAAUUGUCGAUGGAAUCGCCGCCGACGGGUUGGUGAAGAGUGAAAGCACCUCAGCCGAGAAAGAAGCUUUCAACAGGAUAUGA